AUGUGGCGCCAGCGCCACCCGCGGAGGGUGGACUCGCCGCCACGUGGCAUGCCAGAUGGCGACACCAAGGACCACCUGCGCGCCACAUCAGCGGCGAGCGAGUCGCAAGCAACAGCCGCGGUAGUUCACAGACGGCCGGUCUUCUUCAUGCCUCGUAUGGCGGUCGCUCUCGUUAUAAUCGUCCUCGUUUGCGUGGCGCUGAGCGGCCAUUCCGCGUUCUCGUCGCUAGUCAUCCAGCGCAUCUGCCACCGCCUCUCCGCGCCAUCCGGACCGCACGUAUCAGCUGUCUCCGACGCUCUCGAUUCGCGUCCGUUCGCCAUGGCCGCUGACAGCAGCGGCAGCGGCAGCACCACCGAAAGGCACGAACGACAAGCAUCGGUGGAUCGCUCCGCGCGCGACGCGUCGCGGCUGCACGUGCGGCUCAUCGUGCUCACUUUCGACCGCGCGGCGAGCCUGUCCCGUUGCCUGCAAUCAUUGCGGGCGGCAGACUACGGCGGCGAUGACGUGUCACUGGACAUCCACGUGGACCAUCCGUUCGCUGGCGUGCAGCUGAACGACCCGCUCCAACUCACAGACCGCUUGGGCAGCCGCGCGUGGGGGAUGGAGGAGCAGGCGGACGACCCGCGGCACGCCGAAUCCGCGGCGGAGGGUGGUCUGGGGGGAGGCGGGGCGCGGAACCACGGGCUCGAGGCUAAUCCGCAGCUGCCUGGCAGCGCGAAGCGCGGAUUCGCGUCCCCCGGUGCGGUGGGGCUGGGGCACAGCGCGUUUGGCGUGGAGGAGGCGGGCGACCUGUCCAACUGGCGCCACAGAGGGCGGCUGUGGGCGCGGAGGGCGCAGAGGGCUCGGGGGCAGGCGCAGGGCCGGCGGCGGCUGGGAGAGGUGCGUCCUGUGGUUGGUGCGGUGCAGAGGCGGGGAGCGGGGGAGGUGGCAUCGAAGCGGCGCAAGUUCCGAUCGGUGCUGGCCGUGGCAGACUCGUUCACAUGGCAGCACGGGCGCAAGCAGGUGCACGUGCGCAGCAUGAACGAGGGCGUGCAGGUGCAGUGGAUGGAGGCGUGGUGGCCCAGCGGCGCCAACGAGUUUGCGUUUGUGCUGGAGGACGACGUGGCGGUCUCACCGCUCUUCUACGCCUACCUCAAGCGCAUGCUGCACCGCUACUACUACAACAAUACCGAGUACGACUCUAACGUGUACGGCAUCUCCCUGCAGCGCCAGCGCCUCGUGCCCGGCCAGCCGGCGCCGCCCAUAACGCACACGGGGCGGCCAUUCCUGUACUCACUAGUGGGCACGUGGGGGCAGGUGCUGCUGCCGGCGCCGUGGCGGGCGUUCCGCGUGUGGUACGACGCGCGGCGGUACACGCCGGGGAGGGAGCCGGUCAUCCGCGGGCUCAAGACCACGGGCUUCUGGAAGGGCCGGGUGCGUGCCACGGGGGAAAGGAGAAUGGGGGUGAGAGGAAUGCCAGCCUGCCUUGCACUGCACUACCUUUUGUGGGCCUGCCUUGCCACCCCCGCUCCCCUCUCCCCCUCCCCGCGGACCCCUCCUUGUUCACCCCUGCACACUGCGCUGGCCCCUGUACUGGCUGCGGCGUUGACACGCCUCGUGUGCCCCUCCCAACAGGGCAACGGCAUCUGGACGCCGUGGAUCGUGCGGUGGGCGCACGCCACCGCUGCUCUCAACCUGUACGCGUCGCUGCCGGGGGGGCUGGCGCUGAGUGUGAGCCACCGCGAGCAGGGCGAGAGCUUCAAGCAGUCUAAAGGCGCUGAUGCCACCCUGCUCAUGCCGCACCACCUCACUGCCACAGCAGAUAUCAGUGCAGUGGAGCAGGUGAAUGCAGCAGAACACCUGAAUGCAAGAGAGCACAUGAUGGAGCACCUGAGCGCAGCAGAGCAGGUGGGAGCAGCGGAGCAGGGCCCAUGGUGGUGGGAGCAGCUGCCCCCAUUAGCAUCACUGCCGCGCUUUGACUUCUGCCUGCGCCCGCUGCCCUGGGUGGGGCGAGGGGGCACCGCGUGGGCGUGGCAGGGAGGGGACAGAGGGGAGCAGGGGGAGCAGCAGGGCGCUGGAGAGCAUCGGGAUGCAGGGCAGCGCAGUGGGGGGGGAAGGGAGGCGGAGGCAGCCGGUGAUGACAACGCGGCAAUAGGGGGAGCAGAGGAGGGUGGUGCAGGAGUUGAUGAUGCGUCAGAAGGAGGCGAUGCUGAGUCAGCAGGUGCAGCGGGAGUGGCGGAUGCCACGUAUGCAUCCAUGGUGACGCGCGAUGAGGAGCUGUUGCGAGCGGUGCAGAGUGCGAGAGGGGUGACCUCCUUCGCACUGCUCCUCCUACCUGACCACCAACCCUCCGAGUCACCCCAGCAGCAGCACCACGCCCACGCACACCCCUGGGCGUCCGCCCUGCUGCGCGCCACUGACACCCCCGCCCCGCCCGCAUGGCAGCAGCUGGCGCGCAACUGGGCGUGCCACGUGGACGGGCUGGGCGUGUCGCACUAUGCCGUGCUCACCUCCUGCCCCGCCCUCGCCCUGCACCUCGCCACGCGCGGCCACCUCGUCUCCCUCCUCCCCUCCUCGCCCUCCCCUCCUUCCUCUGACUCUCCCUCUUCCCCCUCCACCCCCCUCAUCCCCUCCCCCGCACACCUCCACACGGCCGUGCAGCUGUCAACCCGUCUGCGCGUGCCGCUGCUGCUCGCCUCCCCCGCCGUCACGUGGGGCGGCGACCCCUUCCUCUGCCUCGCACCCCGCCUGCUGCACCCGCACCACAGCCAUGCGGGGCAGCAGGGGGAGCAGCAGGGGCAGUGGCAGUGGGGUGGGUCUAGUCCGCAUGAGCAGGGGGCGAAGGGAGAAGAGCAGGCCACAGGCCAGCAACCAGAAGGUGAGGGGCAGCAUUGGGAGCGGGCGGGCGUGGCAGUGGGGGUGGGAGACUCGCCUCUGUCAGACGUCUUCCUGCUGCCGCCCUCCUCUGCUGCCCACUCCGCCCUGCACUCCCUGCUCGCCCACCUGCUGUGGGGCACCCCCACCACCAGCAGUGACGGCGGCAGCAGCGACGUUGGGAGUAACGCGGGUGACAGCAAUGGGCAGGGGGAAUCAAGGUCGUGGGAGGCGCUGCGAGCGGCAUGGCUGGGUGCAGGCAACAGUGAAGCCCGGUGGGCUGCACUGGAGGAAGCAGCGAGGAAGCUCCGUGUGGGCGUGACUGUAUGGAGGGUGGGGCUGCCGUGCUACAUGGCGCCAUCGGAGGUGAACUCCUCGUUUGAGUCACAGGGCGUGCAGCAGGGGGCGUGGAUGGUGGCGGGGGGGAGGGGGGGAACGGCGGAGGAGGCGGUGGUGGGGAUGAAGGGGGCGGGGUUGUGGGAGCUGGAUUCGGUGGAUUAUGUGUGUAAGAGUGUAGUCUGCCUGCGAUUGAAUAAUCUUGUGCCAGCGAUCGAAUAA